UUGAACGAAACUUUUCAGGAGGAGGACUUCACUGAGCAAGAGUUACUUGAAUUAGCAGCGGCAUCACGAGAUCGGCAGGCGAUUCGCGAAUAUAAAGCUGCCGUUUACUGUCAUGGUCUGACGCAGAAUGGGGUACUUCGAGCAAAGAGGCGCCAGGACUUGUAUUUUGCAACUAAAGCAUUUGUUAUGUAUAUACAGAUGAUUUGCGUAAUGUUGGUGGCCUUCAUGGCAGUCAUUGUCUUCCACCGUCUUCACAAAGGCACUGAGUCGUCGUACUUCGCUACAGAAAUCUUCUUAGAGGUAACUUUCCAUUUAUUCAAGAAUGUGGCACUCCAUGCGGUUGCAACGAGCAGAUCGGCGCGCGGCGCUCACGUUCCUGCCACCUAA